AUGGCCCCCGGCGAAGCUGCAAGCACGACUGCUUUCAUCUCCUUCAGCUCGGGGACUUCUGGACUGGUCAAGGGCGUCAAACUCAGCCACAGCAAUGUCGUGGCAAACGUCUUCCAGAUGAAACAAAGAUUGCCUGAAAUGUAUGGCAACGACACGGUUUCCGCGCUGGUGGUUCCAUUCUUCCACAUCCUCGGGCUUUCGGGCUUCUGCUGCCAGUAUCUGACGAUGGGCGUUCCGAUUGUAGUCUUUGAGCGGUUCGAAAUGGAGGCUCUGCUGCAGUCUAUCAAGAGAGAUCGAAUCACACAUCUCAACAUUGUUCCUCCGCUAGCGCUGCAGUUUCUAAGUGACCCGCUCGCGCGAAAGGGUGACUAUUCCUCCAUCAAAGCACUGAUUAACGCAGCAGCCCCGCUCAAGCAAGAAAUCGCCGAUAAACUGUCUGAACUUAUGGGCUGUGCCGUCACCCAAUGGUACGGCAUGACCGAGGCAAGCCCAGCUGUGGCAUGCCAGCGGGAAGGUGAAGUGAACGUUCAGAACACAGUUGGCAAACUACACUACGGGAUGGCGUUGAGAAUCGUCGACGAAGAGGGCAAUGACUGCGCUGAAGGCGAACCAGGUGAAUUCUGGAUCACUGGUCCGAACAUCAUGCAGGGAUACACAACGUCGGAACAUCGGGACGUCAACGGAGCCUUUGUCAAUGGGUAUCUGAAGACCGGGGACAUCGGCUACCGGGAUCGCGCCGGCUUCCUCUACCUGCUGGACCGGGCAAAAGAGAUGAUCAAGGUGAAGGGGAACCAAGUGGCGCCAGCUGAACUUGAAGCCAUCAUCCUGACCCACACAGCGGUCAGCGACGCCGCAGUCUGUGGACUCGAAGUCGUCGCCGAGGGCACCGAGUACCCGGUCGCUUACAUCACGACCGGAGUGGUGGGAGCAAAAGCCCAGCAAGACCUGAUCGCCGAUGUUCGAAAGUACGUUGACUCUCGUGUGGCCGGAUACAAGAGGUUGCGGGGAGGGGUGUACAUCGUGUCACAGAUUCCGAGAAAUCCUGCCGGAAAGAUCCUGCGGCGCUUGCUCCCGGCAAAUGCGGCGAAGACGACGGCGAAAGCAGUCAAGACCGGCGGAAGUGCCAGCAAACUCUAA